UCUCAGUCAUUUCCAUAAUUCAACAUAAAUUGUGCAAGGGUGCAACAGAACCUCAAAACCAUCAAGAGAAACAAAUCAAACACACACGGUAUUGUUCUCUCCACAACAGUAGUUUAAGUAAUAAAAAUAAUUAUACGGUAAUUAUUGUCAACCAAUGAGCUCUUAUUUUAUGAACUCAUUCUGCGAUCGCUAUCCAAAUGGCGCGGACUAUCCCUUACAUAACUAUGAAGAUCACAACUCAAGUGGCCAAUACAGAGAUUCUACUGGCAUGCAUUCGGAUAGGUAUGGCUACAAUGGAAUGGAUCUUAGCACCGGGCGCUCUACCACCGGACACUUCCUCUCAUCUGGUGAGCGAGCUCAAAACUACACAGACAGCCCAACUACGACGCCUGCCCGAUACAAUCAAACGGUUACCACGAGCAGCGUUGAGUCCCAAUCGCUUUCCACUGACCCUCUCCCUUGCUCGUCCUUAGCCAAUUCUCCUGUCAGAAAGUCACCACAUCUCGCCCUGAAAACCUCACUACCGAAUACCAGUGGCUCUGCGACCAACAGUGUCGGGGCUUUUCUCGGUCGCGAGGACAUUUCUAAAGCGCCCAGCACCAUGGAGGAAGAAAAGCCAGCGGGAAGUGCGCAGACAACCUCAGUGAAUGUUUCCGACACGUCGCAACCACAGAUUUAUCCAUGGAUGCGGAAACUUCAUAUAAGUCAUGACAGUUUGGCCGGACCGGAGGGGAAAAGGGCGAGGACAGCCUACACACGUUACCAGACACUUGAGCUUGAAAAGGAAUUCCACUUCAACCGGUACCUGACACGUCGCCGACGAAUUGAGAUUGCACACACGCUCUGUCUAUCUGAGAGACAAAUCAAAAUAUGGUUUCAAAACCGCAGAAUGAAAUGGAAAAAAGACAACAAAUUUAAGAGCAUGAGUAUGCCAGCUGCUGCUGCCGGAUACCGACCCUGAGAAUGUGUACAUACUGAAUAUGUGCAUUAAAAUGUGUGUGUGUGUGUGUGUGUGUGUGUGUGUGUGUGUGUGUGUGUGUGUGUGUGUGUGUGCGUACGUGCGUGCGUGCGUCAUAUUUCCUUACCUGUAUGCGUUUGUUCCGCAUAACAGAGGGAAUGAAGAUUAUGGGCUUUUCUCAUUUCGUCAAAGACU